AUGAAAAACAUUAUUGAAAAGCGUAAUUACUCCAUUAAUGAAAUGAGUGAUGAUAUUGAGUCUCAAGUGUGCCUUAAACUUCAAGAAACGGAGUUUCUUGUAUUCAGUAUUCAGUAUUCUGUAAUACUGUAUCUAGUAUUCAACUAUUUGAAUAUAAAAGACAUACCGAUUGCAAAUAUGAUUUCCUGUAACACAGAUAGAGCUCCAAAUAUGAUAGGUUGUCACAAAGGACUUGUGAGUUGUAUUAAAGAAGAAAUACCGAAUCUAUUUGCAAUACACUGUGUUUGUCAUAGGCAGCAUCUUUGUGCUAAAAAUCUCAGUGGAAGAUUAUCAGACAGUCCUAGUUUGGUUAUACGUGUGGUAAACAAGAUAAAAGCUCGUACACUGAAUACAAGGUUGUUCAGACAGUUAUGUAAUGAAAACGAUGAACAAUUUGAAAGACUGCUUUUGCAUACAGAGUUUCAAUGGCUGUCAAAAGGGUCAUGUCUUAAAAUAUUUUUCAGUCUGUAUGAUACAAUUGUUCCGUUUAUACUUUCUGUAUGUGAAAAUGAUUUGACAAAUGAUAUUGAAAAAAAAUUAAAUCUGAAGCUACGAGAUCCAAAUUUCAACUUAAUUGAAGCAAAGUCAGCAGUGUUGAUAUUUAUGAAAAAGCUAGUAGUAAUCAAACAAAACAUAGGGCGAGGCGAAUACAAUCAUUUUCUAAAUAUGGAGUCCAGAGCAAUGGCACAACAUUUUAGUGACAGUGAAUUACACAUUUAUUGCAUUCAUUUAGACACACUCAAAAAAGGCUUUGAAUGCAGAUUUAAAGAUUUGGUAGAAUUGGUUUCAGAAUUCCAUUUCUUUGUUUAG